UGGCGCUCCAGCCGCCAGUGUCUCGUAGAAGAAGAACAACAAAGAAAUUCUCAAAACACUCGUGGCUGUGUGUGUGUACAGGUCAGCAAGUCGCUACAAAUAAUUGUCCAUUUGAGCUUUGUACGGAAAUUUGAGCAGGUAUGUCAUGUAGUGUGACUCUAGUGCGUUGAAAGAGAUAAUAAAGGAAACAGUUUAACCACCGGAUUUUUCGCAUGAAUAUAAUGUUUGACCUAAAGUGUGAAAGCUCUUCAGGUGAAGAGGAAGAGACGGAGACAGGAGAGCCCACUUUAACAGCACAGAUAUCCAGGUGUGCGAAUGUAACAUCAGCGGAUUUAGACGAAUUAGAGCACAACCGGAACGAGUCCAGUACUGUAAAACAAACAGUAUGGGCUGUGAACUGUUUUAAAGCCUGGCUGCGUGAAAAGCAACUGACGAUCGACUUUAAAACCGUUGAGAAGUCGGAGCUGAACACGGUGCUCCGUGAGUAUUAUGGCUCUAUACGGACGAGCAAAGGAGAGUUGUACGGAAUCAGCAGCUAUGUCGGGCUUCGGGCUGGACUGAAUAGGUUCGUGAACGACCCUCCCAUCAACCGAGCGUGGAAUCUAAUGCAGGACGCCGAAUUCAGGUCCGCCAAUAAUGUCUUUAAAGGCGUCGUUAAGCAGAUCCGACGCUCCGGUCGAGAUAUAACAACACAUUACCCCCCGAUUUCACCUGAGGACCAGCACCUGCUGAAACACUCUCCUGCGCUGGACCCUGGCAACCCAAAAGGCUUGUUAAACAAGGUCUGGUAUGACAUCCAGUUACAUUUUGGACUCAGGGGUAAGGAGGGCAACCGACACCUGCAGCCAGACUCGUUAGCUCUGAACCGAGACCAAAACGGAUUCAAAUACUUCACGAUGACAUUAAACGAGGACAAAAACCUACAGGAAAAGGACAAGAAAAACCGCAGGGCUAUGUAUGAAGAGCCCGGCAAUCCGCUGUGCCCGGUUGCGUCUCUGGAGAAAUAUCUGAGCAAAAUCCCAUCCGACGCUAAAGCGCUGUAUCUGCAGCCCAAAAGGACGUAUGUGAUCACCGACGAGAUGUGGUAUACUUCGUUUCCUCUGGGAGUCAAUUAUUUGUCUCAAAUGCUUCCCAAAAUAUGCAAAGAAGCCGGAAUGAGAACGACCUACACGAACCACAGUCUGAGGCUCACUGCCAUUCAAAGAUUGACUGAAUCGAGGGAGAUCGUGGCGGUAUGUCUGCAGAGUGUUCCAGUUGAGAUUUCUGCUCAAUGGCAGCAGCAGCAGCAGCCAGAAUCAACUCCAUACUCUCCCAGCAGUGAACUCGACUCCAGCUCUGCCAGACAGGAGAGUCCCGUGAGCAGCCACAGUUGGGUGAAACAGGAACCAGAGCCUGAAGUCAUAAACUCUGAGGCCGCCAAAGAUCCUGAGAAGGACAACAAUCUGAACAGUGCUGUUACUACAGCGGUACCUUCAAUGGAGGGUUUACCCAGCAGUGUUAUGCUGACCAUCACCAAACUUCAGUGCCUACUGGAGAGCAAACAGGAGAGGAUUGAAGCUCUGGAGAGACAGGUUCAGGACCUACAGGAGGAUCGCAGGUUCCUCCGCUCACAAAUCGAGAACCUCACUGGUGCUCGCUUGGUUUCAGUGCCUGAAGCGAGCACAUCAGUGUUCUCUGGGUCUAGAUCACGCAGAAGGCGGCGUAAGAGCUCUUCCAGCUCAUAUGUAGAUGAUGAGAGUAUCACUGAUGAAUCUUCUUCUGAAGAGUCCAGCAGCGUCAGAAAAAAAGAGACGCCACAAAAAGAAAGCAAAGAGAGGUUCUGUUCCCCAUCGUGACUAGGUCUUGAUCAGCCUUUUUCAAGAAGAAGAGCAUGAGUAGGGCUUUCCGCCCAAGUGCGUUACUAAAGUUCAAAGGGCCCUUGACAGUUAUAUAACAAGUGAGCCUCCAUAUGCCCAGGAGUACAGUGGGUUAUGCCAUAAAGGACCUAAUUUGGGCCCACCAUCCUCUGGGCUGUGCCAGCGCUCCUGGUUGACCCUCCCUGACAACGUCCCCAACACGGCCCUCAUCGCAGAACUGCACCAGGUUGCUAAAAAAUCUGUUCAUCUGGUGGGUCUGAUCAAGCCUUGUGAGGAAGUGAGCAGCGUCCAGCAGUGUGCCCUCUCUUCAGAACAGAGCAGUUCAGUUUGUAAUUCAACAACCUAGAAAAAAAUUAACAUGGUUUGAGCCUUGCUCAAGUGGGUUUUUGAUUUAUAAGUACAUAUGAGUGAAGUCAUAUUGUUGGUUUAACAAUUUGUCAAACGCAAACUUAUAUUCUUGUACUUAUGUAAACGAUGAUUUUCAUUUGAAAACCGGUAAUCUGAAAACUAUCAGUAAAACCCUAACAACUAGUCUUCCGGGUUGGUCUACCAGUUGAAAUCACAACUGAACAGUUCUUUUAUGCUGAUUAAGCCCUCGCAGAAAGGAUGGAGCAAAUGAGAGAGGGCUUCAGGAGAACAGUUUCCUAGCACUGCUAAACAAACAAGAGCAUUGUCCGUGACUGAACACUAGAGGUCACUCUGAUACCAUUGUUGAAUGAAAGUGGUGCUGGAAGAAAAUAAAGUAGCGAGUGACAUUUGAAAUGUGUUGUGAUGCUUAUAGUUAAGAUGUUUGAACCUUGUGUCUGUUUGUUUACGGGAAUUUUUACUAAGGUUGUAUUCUCACACAAUGCCGCCGUGUUCCUUUAUGUCAGGGUUCUUGAUAUCUGGCCCACAAGGUCCACUGUCCCACUGAGUUUAACUUCAGUCUGAAUCAAAUACUCCAACAUGCUAAUGCAGGUCUUCAGGGAUUACUAGAAAAUGACAGGAUGGUGAGUUGGGUCAGGGUUGGAGCUAAACUCGGCCGGACAGUGGCCCUCAAGAGCCAGAGUUCAAGAACACUGCUUGUGUUUUUUAUGUUUGAAACGUUUUUCAUUUUAUGGUUUAGUGGAAGUUGUGGGCAAGAUAUGAAGAACCCUGACAUAAGGGAAUACGACGGCAUUGUGUGCGAAAACAACCUUGGUGAAAAUUUUCGUAAACAAACAGGUUUUGAAAUUUAAACAUUUUUAAAAUGCAGGUCUGCCAAGUUGUUUAACAAUUAAAGGUGCUGCAAAAAAAAAAUUCAGCCAUUUUGCUAACUUAGUGUAAAUACUCUCUAAAACUCUGGUUCUCAAACCUGUCUUGGGGGCCCCCCAACCACAGCAUAUUUUGUAUGUCUCCCUUAUUUAACAGACCUGAUUCAACUCCUCAGCUCAUUAGUAGAGUGAGCAAGGAUGUGGUCUAUGAGAGACACACAAAAUAUGUGGUGGCUGUGGGUCCCCUGGACAGGUUUGAGAACCACUGCUCUAAAACACUGUCCUCGAUUCUAGAUGUAUUUGACCCCGUUGAAAACAUGAAAGUCUUUGCUCUGCCCCUUUUUUAUCUUUGUAUUUUCAGUUGCUAAAUCUUUACAGAAAUAUUGUCUAUAUUGUUUAAAUAAAAAUACUUCUAUUU